CACAUUAAUAAGUUUAUAGGUAGUUAUUGUAAUAAAAGACAAACUUGUUUUUGUUUCUUCCAUGCAAUUUGUAUAUAUAGGCAAUUUUAAUUAUCUAAAUACGACUUUCACUUUAAACUUGCCGAUUAUCAAUACAAUUUGUGACUUGCCAUUUGUUAAUCUUUUUGGUGCAGUGCGAAUCAAUAGCUAAAAUCAUGACGGUAAACAAUACUAUAGCUCAUCAACGCCUAGUUCUCAGUGGCGAUAGAGAAAGAUUUAAAGAACUUUUGAGAAGGCGCUUAAUAGAAUGUGGAUGGCGAGAUCAAGUACGGAUGCUGUGCCGGGAAGUUGUCAAAGAUAAUGAAAAUAACAAUGUAACAUUUGAUAUGUUAGUUAACAGAGUCACUCCUCGAGCUCGAGCAUUAGUUCCAGAUACAGUCAAAAAGGAACUGCUUCAAAAAAUAAAAACACAUCUUUUAACUCAAAAAGAUCAAUAGAUUUUAAUAAUAGAAUCAUCACACAUUAGUUUACUGUUUAAUUAUCUCUUAAUUUGCAUUUAAGCUUAUUUUAAUAAAUGAAAGACAUUAUACAACCAA